UGGCACUCCGUCGUGUUUGAAGUCGGAGCAGUUUAGGGGCGUUUAAGUCUUCUCACUGAGCAGCAUAACAGGUUUUGUACUGCGACGCCUUGCCUACUGUCUUCCGAGCACGCCAUGGGCGACAGAAUAGGCUUUGGAACGGGACAACUGGACUUCGAAGAACUCAACCGAAGUUCUUCAGGAGUGAACACGAGUGGUCCUUGCAGCGCUACAGGCAUUGCUGGCGAUUGAUGGUGGCAGCAUUUUUACGCCCACCUGCGACAUAUUCGAUCAAUUGCCCCGCUGGAACUACCUCCUAUGGCACGUCGGCUUGCAGUUGCGAGAGCUCCAACGUCCCGGAAGGCUGUCCCUGGUACGGGUCCUCUACAAGGGUGCUGGAGGCCGCAUGCUGCAAGCGCGCAGCCGUCACGCCCGCUUUCUCGUCUACGUUCUGCUGGUGCAUCACCGAUGCGUCGAGAGUCUACAUCUGGACGACACUCUCUUCGAAGGCAGUGGGCUUGGCGAGUACCGCGAACGCAUCGUCUCGCCGCUGCGGAAAAAUGCUAGCUUACGGACGUUGAUUCUCGAUGGCAUCUUCUGCGAGUACAAGAGCAUUCGAGAGGAACUGUUCGGAGCCAUAGCCACACUGAAGAACCUGUGCGAGCUGACCAUCCUAGGCAGCGCCGCGGCGCCGUCGGCCGUUUUAGACGCAGUCUGUGCGCUUCUCGCGCACACCACGUCCCUCGUGACUCUGAAGAUACCGAGCCUCGCUUACGACGAAGCAGGCGCUACUCGGCUAGUCGCUGCGCUCCGGGGCAACAAAACCGUCCAGAAUGUGUCUCUGCACGGCAGCAUCUUGCAUUCGUAUGCGCAGAAUGGGGUUUCCUCGUUCGCCCACUUCUUGGCCAACAGUGCGCAACUAACUUCGCUCAGUUUGGAAGGUGUGCAGACGGAUCCCGAAAGUACGUUCCAAGACGUGAAGUGGAUCGUCGCGCCGUUCCAUAUUCGCGAAAACCUUCAGAGUCUGUGUCUGACAGGCUUCCUGUUAAACGCUCAAUGCGCGUGUCUCUUCGCUGCCCUCGUCUCUGCGAAGAAGGGCUGUCUGAAGAGACUGGACUUAGGCGGCUGCCAGUGGAUACCCAAGUCGCGGCGAGAACGGCCUGGUGACGGCGGAGCUACUGACGUCCAAGGUUCGGGUCUAUCUGUGAUCGCUCACCAACGUUGCCAUUGGAUUGAGUCGUUCGAUAAGAGUGCGCGAGUACACCUCUCGUUUUUGGCUCUGGCCGUCCAGGGCCUCGAACCAGAACAGCUGCGGCCUCUAUUCGACACCGCCUGUUACCGUGAAAUCGCUCAAAACCAUGUCGCUGAGUGGUGUUCCGCUAGGCAAACUGAAGGCACUUUGCAGAGUCAUCCGGGAAGCUGGAAUGACCGGCAUAGUUCACAUAGAAGAUUCCUACAUCGUCGACUCAACUGUGCUGGCUGAUCUCCAGGAGUUUCCGGAAGCGUUGUCUAAGGUGGCGAUCAGAUCUUCUACCGAGCGGACUCCAACGGCGUUUGAAAUGGCGGUCCGCCUUGCGUGCUCCUGCUAUCUAAUCACCGAGCUCAACCUGCGCUUGGCGCAGAGAAUUCUUGCGGACGUCCCAACGUUUCGCACCCUGUGCAACUACUUGAGCACCGCUAAUUCGCUGAGGUCGCUCUCACUGACAGGUUGUGGCAACCCAGAUCUAGGCCGCACUCUUCGGUCGGCAGGUCACUCUUACAGCCUGCUCCUCCAGAUGAUCUUCAAGAACACGACUGUCCGUGCUUUGCGGCUGAACAGGUUCCAUCUGGGUGAGGACAACUUGCGUUUCUUCGUGGCUGGAGUGGUUGCCAGCAAGAGUUUGUGCGAGCUCGCCUUCGCAUCAUGGGACCCGGCCGAAAAUGUCACGUUUCUUCGGAUGCUUGCUUCGAAGUUCCGCGCAAACAAGACCAUUAGUUUACUUCGUCUUAUGGCACCUGCGGACGGUGUAAAAAAUGAGUGGUUCGCCAUCGAAAACGUCAUCGGCCGCAACAUAGGACUCCUGACUUGCGCGGCGCACUAUGUCAUGGGAAAUGACUACUCGCCGCGUUGCGACGCCGCUCUCGAAGAUGUUUCCGGCACUAACGCACUCAUGAAGAGAGUCGACGAACUAAUGAAGGACGAACCAAUGAUAGACGAAGAAAUGAACUGCAACUAAGCACUUCUGGAGUCUCGAUCUGUUCGUGAGACCUUUCGGGGUGGAGUCACAAUUUUAGAAAGCUUAGUUAGGACGAAGAGGACAGUGAUGUUCUCCGAUACAUUUCAUAGACACAUAUUGUUAUCAGUUCCCACUUUGCUGUGUGGUCAAUCUGUCUACGGACAAUGUUAUUGACAAUGUUUUUAGCUGUCUGUUGUGUGCACUGUUCUAGUGAUUGAGAGAAGUAGCAAUGACGUGCGGAGAUUUGGGGAUUGUAAAGCGGUUUUGUUGCGAAUCUUGCCACGAAUUUUUCGCUAGUAUGCAAUUUUAUUUGCGUAGACAUCUGAUUUUAUUAAAACUUCUGUUCAUGUACAUUACCAUUACGGCUUCACAUUGUUCUUGGACGUGAAAGAACAUUUUAUAUUUGACGAGGUCUCGGAUCUUCAUAAAAUCUUCGAAAUAAAUUACGUGCUCCAGUUGA